AUGGUCCUCUUAUCCAUUAUCAAGAAAGUCAAACAAAAAGAAAGAGAAGUCCGGGUUCUGUUCUUAGGACUUGAUAAUGCCGGCAAGACGACAGUGCUUAAAAAAUUGAAAAAUGAAGAUGUCAAUUCAAUUUCACCCACUCUUGGCUUCACGAUAACCUCUUUUGCCUAUAAAGAUUACAUUCUCAACGUUUGGGACGUCGGAGGGCAGAAAUCAUUGCGAGCCUACUGGAAAAACUAUUACGAAGACACAGAUGGCCUUGUCUUUGUCGUCGAUAGUUGCGACAAACUUCGCCUUUUAGACUGUAAGAUGCAGUUGCAGCAAGUUCUCGGUGAAGAGCGUCUUCUUGGAGCCACAUUACUUAUUCUUGCAAACAAACAAGACAUUCAGAACUCUCUCACUUCAGAGGAGAUUGCAGAGUACCUCGAACUGGAUAAGAUCAAAUCCCACCAUUGGAAAAUAUUUCCUUGCAGUGCUAUAAGCGGUGAAAACAUUAUCGAGUCAGUCAACUGGAUGAUCGAUGACAUCAGCAAUCGAAUCUUUAUUGACUUUAACUAG